AUGGCCUCGUCCCCUGGACUGAAUGCUGACACGUUACCCCUGCUUCAGCUUCAGGAAGUGGACUCCAGCAAAGCAUCAGAGAGGCCAACGUCCCCUGGACUUCUACCCACCAUGUACAGUCCUCCUUUGGGCGUGGACGGCCACACCGUCUGCAUCCCUUCCCCGUACACGGACAGUAGCCACGACUACAACCACGGACACGGACACGGACCUUUUGCUUUCUACAGUCCAUCCGUGCUGAGUUACACCAGGCCGCCGGUCACUGACAGUCCCUCGUCCCUGUGUCCACCUCUGAGCCCGUCAGCUUUUUGGCCUUCACACAGCCACCACAACAUUCCCUCUCUGACUUUGCACUGCACCCAACCUCUUGUCUACAACGAACCCAACCAGCACACACCCUGGUUGGAGCCGAAAGCCCACAGCAUCGUCCCCAGCAGCUCUGUCAUCAGCUGUAACAAGUUACUGGGGAAGGAGAAAUCCUCCUCGUGUUCGUCUGCCGUGGGGAAAGCCGACAUGCACUUCUGCGCCGUGUGUCACGACUACGCCUCCGGAUACCACUACGGGGUGUGGUCGUGUGAGGGUUGCAAGGCCUUUUUCAAGAGGAGCAUCCAGGGACACAAUGAUUAUAUUUGCCCCGCUACAAAUCAAUGUACUAUCGACAAGAACCGACGUAAAAGCUGCCAGGCCUGCCGCUUACGGAAAUGCUAUGAAGUGGGCAUGAUGAAGUGUGGCGUCAGACGUGAACGCUGCAGCUAUCGAGGAGCCCGACAACGCCGGGGAGGAUUACAGCCCCGGGAUGCGACCGGCAGAGCUCUAGUCAGAGUCGGAAUGGGUUCUCGCGCCCAGCGACACCUCCACCUGAGGACGCCCCUCUCCCCGCCCGCCCCCCUCCCUCAGCAGAACCACGCGCACCACGCGGCCAUGAGCCCGGAGGAGUUCAUCUCCCGUAUCAUGGAGGCCGAGCCCCCAGAGAUUUACCUCAUGGAGGACCUGAAGAAACCUUUCACCCAGGCCAGCAUGAUGAUGUCGCUCACCAACCUGGCCGACAAGGAACUGGUCCUGAUGAUCAGCUGGGCUAAAAAAAUCCCCGGCUUUGUAGAGUUGAGUCUAACGGACCAAAUCCACCUGCUGAAGUGUUGCUGGCUGGAGAUCCUGAUGCUGGGCCUCAUGUGGAGGUCGGUGGACCAUCCUGGGAAACUGAUCUUCUCUCCAGACUUCAAACUCAACAGGGAGGAGGGUCAGUGCGUGGAGGGCAUAAUGGAGAUUUUCGACAUGCUGCUGGCGGCAACUUCUAGGUUUCGGGAGCUCAAGCUGCAGAGAGAGGAGUACGUCUGUCUGAAGGCCAUGAUCCUUCUCAAUUCCAAUCUGUGCACAAGCUCUCCUCAGACGGCGGAGGAGCUCGAAAGUAGGAACAAGCUUCUGCGCCUCCUGGACUCUGUGAUUGACGCUCUGGUCUGGGCCAUUUCCAAACUGGGCCUGUCGACCCAGCAGCAGACUCUGCGCCUCUGCCACCUCACCAUGCUCCUCUCCCACAUCCGCCACGUCAGUAACAAAGGAAUGGACCACCUGUCCACCAUGAAGAGGAAGAACGUUGUGCUGGUAUAUGACCUCCUUCUGGAGAUGCUGGACGCCAACACGUCCAGCAGCAGCAGCCAGACGGCCUCGCCAUCACCAGAUUCUGACCCGAACUUCUCUGACCAGCAACAAUAUCCCCCGCCGCAGCCUGACUUUGACCAGACCAUCGCCACGAAUCCCAGCUCGCACAUAAGGGGACCGCCCGAUGACCACGUCCUGGACAGGCAUCUCCAGGCUCACCCCCGUCCAUCUCCACCUUCACCGCAUAGUUUAGUGGGACCUCAAGUCAACAGUGAUGAUUUUAUUCAACCGGAGCAGUGGUCACUGGACACAGGAGAUGCAAGUUCAUCAGACGAGCCAAUGGGCUAUGUUAUUCCAGAUCAAGUUGCCAUGGAAACUGCCUUAGAGGGGUGA